AUGAAGGUCUCCGCAGUGCUUCUGUGCCUGCUGCUCACAGUGGCCACCUUCAGCAUCCAGGUGCUUGCUCAGCCAGGUUCAGUUUCCAUCCCAAUUACCUGCUGCUUCAGUGUGGUCAAAGGGAAGAUCCCUAUGCAGAAGCUAGAGAGCUACACAAGGAUCACCAACAUCCAGUGUCCCCAGGAAGCUGUGAUCUUCAAGACCAAAACAUCCAGAGAGAUCUGUGCUGACCCCAAGCAGAAGUGGGUCCAGGAUUUCAUGAAGCGCCUGGACCAAAAGUCCCAAACCCAGAAACCUUGA